AUGGCCACCACACAGAUUGACAAUUCAGACUGCAGAUUUUCGGGGUUCCGUCAGUUGCCACGCGAAGCUGAUAGCCCCGGCAAUGCAGGAAACAUAGAUCUCUAUUAUCAUGAGGCGUGUGGCACAAGCACGGAGCAAUCAUGGCGGCAUCCUUUUCCAUGCAUUCAACGGAUAGACCGCAAUGCUACCACACGCGGGAAUGAUAGAGAGGCGUAA